AAGGGAGAAGUCUCCCACGACCAAAUCAAACCAAACCAAACACCCCUUAAAGGUAGAACAACUUAUUUUUUGCGUUUUUAAGGUAAGGCGAGUUAUCUUGGCUUUAUAUGCAUGCCAUGUCUGCGCCACUAGGAUAAUACUACGACACAUUGUCCACAUUAAGCUGUGAUCCGUCAACUCCUCUUCGUAACAACAGCAGACGAUAAACAAUGUUCAAGUUCCGGUUCAUGAUUCGACGUCCCUCCAUCUACGCUCGUACUUUUCAUCUCUCCAGUUUUUCUCCGAAAUCCAUCAAUCUUCCCCUGAAAUCGCAAUUGGGUUCCUACUCCACUUCUUCCCAGUCACAGCAAAAGCUGUUCUUUCGCCAGCUCUUUGAAACGGAAUCCUCCACCUACACCUACCUCCUCGCUGACUUCUCCCACCCACAUAAACCCGCUAUUUUGAUUGAUCCUGUGGACGUGACUGUUGAUAGAGAUUUAUAUCUUGUUAAAGAAUUGGGGUUGAAGCUCAUCUAUGCCAUGAACACUCAUAUGCAUGCUGAUCAUGUCACCGGAUCUGCCCUCAUCAAGAGUAAGGUGUCGGGAUCGAAGUCUAUUAUUUCAAAGGCAAGUGGGGCCAAGGCUGAUCUUCUGGUUGAGCCUGGUGAUAAAGUCCAUUUUGGUGAUCUCUUUCUUGAGGUUCGUGCUACUCCGGGCCACACAUUGGGUUGUGUUACCUAUGUCACAGGAGAGGGACCAGAUCAGCCUCAGCCAAGGAUGGCAUUCACAGGAGAUGCUCUACUGAUACGCGGAUGUGGCAGGACAGACUUCCAGGGUGGAAGUUCAAAGCAACUCUACAAGUCAGUGCACUCACAGAUUUUUACAUUGCCGAAGGACACACUGAUAUAUCCCACUCAUGAUUACCAAGGAUUCACAGUUAGCACAGUGGGAGAAGAGAUGCAAUAUAAUCAUCGGCUAACGAAGGAUGAGGAAACAUUCACAAGCAUCAUGGAGACAGAUCUCAAGUUGCCAUAUCCAAAGUUAAUGGAUAAAGCACUCCGUGCAAAUAUGAUUUGUGGGUUGCAAGAUUCAACUUCUGUAGCCGACUAAGCCUUUGUGAGUUGAUGGUGUAUGCUACAUAUUUCAAUUGAUAUUGUAGAAUAAAAGGUUUAUGAAGGUGUGAAAUAACAAGCGACUGACGUUGCCUACAAGAUUGGUUAUCAUCAGAAGUGCAGAAGUUUGUCCUGAAAACCAAUAGCAAUUCUCUGUAUUCAAUUUCACUCCCCAUGCCACUGAAUGAAACUUGCCUCUUUUU